AUGUUACCUUUGGUGGUGCUAGGCAUCCUUACCGAAGCUCUGACCGCUGCGUCGCCAACUCAGCGUGAAGAUCGUUCAGUAUAUGUGAACCCUUUUAUUGGUACAGAAGGCCCUGAUGGCACUGGCGCAAACUCUGGGGACACAUUCCCUGGUGUCUCUGUCCCUUUUGGAGUUGUGAAACUUGGCCCAGAUACCACGGAGAUGAAUCCGAGCACAAACGCUUUUGCUGGAUAUACACCGGAUGGAAAUGUCACUGCUUUCACCUGCUUUCACGAAUGCGGCAUUGGGGGAGCUUCAAAGUACGGUGUCGUUGGACACAUGCCACUUACAACUCUAUCAGGUGUCAAUGUCCUUGAUAAUGCGACUUAUCAGCAACCUCGCAUUGCGAUGGAUAGGGCCUCUGUUGGUUACUACCGCUCUGAUCUGGCGAAUGGAGUCAAAGUAGAGCUGGCCGCAUCUGACCAUGCCGGUUUUGUUCAGUACUCAUAUCCAAAAAAUACCGACCGUUUUGUCCUCCUGGAUGUGUCGCAUAACUUGCCAUCUUUGGCAGAAUUUGGAAAAUCUCAAUCAUAUAGCAAUGGUCAAAUCGAGGUCAAGAAGAAAGGCCAGAGAGUGCAAGGCUGGGGAGUUUGGAGAGGCGGCUGGGGGGUGUUGCCAGGGUCUGAUUACAAAAUUUACUUCUGCAACGACUUUGAUUCCGCUCCUUUGACCUGGCAAUACUUCUCAGGGCCGUGGAAUGCUCCAGACAAUCCCCCAAGCCCUUCUACGCCAGUGACCUGGGGUAACGCAUCAACAAAUCCAAAUGGAGUCCAGGGAGGCCCCGACGGCGAUGAUUCCGGUGAUAGAGUCGGAGCUUUAUUUAGGUUUCCAGCUACAACGACGGUUCUCAAGUCCAAGAUUGGGGUGUCAUUCAUCUCCGUCGAGAAGGCUUGUGCGUUCCAAAGCGAAAUUCCAUCUUGGACAUUAAAUCAAACUGUCCAGUCGACCAAAAAGCUAUGGGACGAUGAGGUUUUUAGCAAGAUAUCAAUCAAGCAAUCUACCAAGAAUGAUACACGGCUCACACUCUUUUACUCUGCGCUUUACCGCAUGCACCAAAUGCCUUCCGAUAGAACCGGCGAAAAUCCAGACUGGAAAUCCACCGAACCGUAUUAUGAUGACUACUAUACCCUCUGGGAUACUUUUCGCUGUCUCAACAGUUUCUAUCUUUUAGUUCAGCCGCAGCGAGGUAUCGACAUGAUUCGUUCCCUCAUAGACAUCUGGAGACAUGUCGGUUUCAUGCCAGACGGUCGCAGUGGUAACCACAAUGGCAAAGUACAAGGCGGCAGCAAUGCUGAUAAUGUUCUGGCCGACGCCUAUGUGAAAGGAUAUACCGGUGGCAUCAACUGGAACGAUGGCUACAAGGCCGUAUGGACUGAUGCAGAAGUUGUUCCGCCUCCCAACAAUGACCCAGAAGACCUGGGUUGUACGGAUAACCAGGGUCGCUGCGGACUUCCAGACUGGAUCAAUCUCGGCUAUGUCUCAACAACUUUCUCAUCGAGUAUCAGUCGCACCGUUGAAUACUCACUUAAUGACUUUGCAGUAAGUCAAAUAGCAAAGGGUAUAGCACCAGAUGACUACCAGAAGUUUUUCAACCGAUCAGGAAAUUGGAAAAACCUUUGGAAUCCGGAGAUAAAUCAGUACAACACAUCGGGAUUCCUUGGCCCUCGCUAUCCAAAUGGAACAGUGAUAACAAUUGGCCCACAAGACACUUCCUACACGACUGAAGGAUUGCCAUGGGAAUACACGUGGACCAUACCAUUUGAUAUGCAAGGACUCAUCGAAAAGAUGGGCGGUGUGGAAGCAACUGAGAAACGGCUUGACCUUAUGUUUGUGCCUAAACUCCGAACGGUGGAUUUAGGUGUAGGAGUUGGAUCAGGGACGACCUUAUUCAAUCCCGGCAACGAACCCAGUUUCGGCACUCCCUUUUUGUAUAAUUAUCUGCCAGGCCGCCAAUACAAAGCGGUGAAUCAAUCUCGCGUUAACAUUGACGAGAAUUAUUUCGCGGGGUCCAAUGGCCUUCCCGGAAAUAGCGAUGCUGGCGCUAUGGACAGCUGGAUGCUUUGGCAGAUGCUUGGUCUGUAUCCAGUGGUGACCCAGCCAGUAUACCUAAUCCUAUCUCCAUGGUUUGAGGAUAUUUCCGUCUCCGUCGGCGGUUCUUAUACUCUCCGGAUCAAAGCACAUGGGUUGUCCAACAAUAGCUUCUUUGUCCAGAGCUUGAAAGUCAACGGAAAAGCUUGGAAUAAGAGUUGGCUAGAGCAUAGUGAUAUUGCGAAGGGCGGGCUUCUGGAGUUUGUCUUGGGGCCUGAGCCAAAGUCAUGGGAUACUGGAACCGUUCCUCCUAGUCCAGGGCAUCAAUAA